GCAGCCCGCCUUCGGACUACGCUUUUGGUGCUGGCGACCCGGAUCGAGCGCUGUGCCAGAUCCGUCGCCUGAUGCCCAGCGAGCUCGAAGGGAGUGUCGAAGGUCCAAGUAGACUUACUGGUGCUUGGAGCCUGUAUACUGCACUCGGGGGAGACCCGACAGCAUCCAGAAGUGAGUUCUACAAGAGAAUCCUCCUUCAUUACACAUUUGAUACACAGGCGGCUGGUGCAUGGACUGACAGUAUUUGAUCUCGAUCCGUUGAGUGAGGCCAUUAUACGGAAUCAGCCAGAUUCCAUUCUCCGUCUGAUCCACCAGGAUCCCGAAUCGGUCACACAGCUGGCGCCGUUCGGGUAUCCGAACCUCUUUUAUCUUGCCGCAGACAUGGGCCGCUGCGCCGAGGCUCUUGUGCUGGCAAUCGAGUCCGCGCCACAGUGGAGCGCUCAGCACAGCGGUCUUGUGCUGCGAAACCUUCUAUCUGUUGAGUCGCUUGCCGAGUUCACUCUCAGUAAUUGUAAAAGCUGUAGGGAUAGCGACGAAAUAUCGUUGCCUUGGGAUUGUCAGUCAAAUGCAGCUUGUCCGUGGGCCGCCACGCUAUCUGUCUUGUUCAGAGCAGGUUGUCCUCUGCGUCCUCACUUGACCUCAGCAUCGUUCAGAAUCCCCUGCAGCCAGUGUUGCAGCCUCUAUGCCCAAGAGGUCAGGCUUCACUGUCAGGACUCCGGCUGGCUAGCAAAUGAUCGCCUUCCACUCACGCAGCUCGGCAACAGUGCUUCAAAGCGGAAUCUUCAGUUCCGCGAGGGUACAACGUCAAGUAAUGGUAAUUCGACACAGGCCAACGUUCCGGCGCUGGAGCGACCAAGGCUGUUACGCGCGAGCGAUAACUUGCAGACACUUUACCACAACACUGAACUCUUCCCGAUGUUGGCAGAAGCGUUCUGGUCUGUCGGUUUCCAGGAUAUCCGCGCUAUCGAUGGCGAUGGAUUACAGCCUAUCGAGAAAGUGCUCGCUGGCCGAGACUAUCCGAAAUGGCGCAUGAUCCAAUGGCUUUUGCUGAAAGGAGUUGACAUGACUCGCACAACGUCUUUAAAGUGCAAUGCCCCUCGCAGGUUUUUGAUCCCGAGUCAUCUGCACAUAACCAACAGCACGACUAUAGCGCAUGCAUCUUGCGAAGUCAUGGGGCACCAGCUCGGCGAGGACCAUGGCUGUUACGAGCAUCCUUACGCAGUGAUAUUAACGACAACAUUACUAACCUCAGCCAUACGCGAUGAUGCAGUAUGCCUGUGUGCACCAGCGGGCCGUAGCCCGUUCUCUUACCUCCUGCUUGGGAGCUUUGACCUGCUUCCGAAGGGCUCGUCUCCUAAACGGAUAGCAAGACGUCUUGAGAGAGUGCUUACCGCCACUGCUCGUCGCCUCCACUUCGAGGAGUUUAUUACAGCACUACGACUCAUUACACUGGAGGCUUUGCCAAUCAGUCACACUUGUGGCUUCGGUGGACAUGAAGAUGACACGGAAGACGAUGGAAGAAACGGCGACUCAAAUUUUGUACCAUCCCAGCCAACGAAGAUUCUGGCUGUAUUCGAAAACAUCAUCACUCAUUUCCAAGACGUGGUCAAGAGCUUCAACAUCCCGGACGAUGAGGAAGACCUUGGUAUCAUUAAAGUGCGCGAUGAAUAUGCAAACAAAACUUUUCUCAAAGAUUACGAUUGGCGGCGCGAUUGGAUCGACCUCAGCCGAGAAGUGAGUUUUGGCUGGAGAGAAAUGCUCGAUGUCUGGGUUCAACGGCUUAACGAUGAGCUGGAAAAGCUCGCCCAGGAGGACUUGGAGCUGCACCCUCGAGCUGCUGCAGAGGAAAUUGGCGUGAUGUGGUGUGAUCCGCCACCAGGCGAGGAGAGUGAUGAAGAAUCGGUCUACGGGCAGUUGGGACAAGUGGAAUACUGGCAGAGGAAGUUGGACGAGAUUGAUGUUUGAUGCCUAGAGAAAGACCAAUUCUGCAUUACUGCUUGUUUCUCGCAGGAGAAGUAUCUGAUCAACGCAAAACUAAUCAAGAUUUACCCGUGAGUAGGUCGAGGGUUGAUACCUGAGGGCUACCCAUCAGCCACCAUCCCUGUGACCUUCGCAAGCGCGAGUAUCAACUGCUCUUUGUCUAUACCGUG